AGUGAGGGAGGGAGGAGGCCCGCUCGGCCCGCUCGUUCCGCCAUGUCGCCGCCGUCGUGUCCGUCUCCGUCUCCGCUGCUGCUGCCCGUCGCCCUCGCCCUCGCCGCCAUCACCCUCCUCCGCCUCGCACACCCCGCCGCCGCCGUCUCCUUCCAUCUCCCCGCCAACGCCAGGAAGUGUCUGCGCGAGGAGAUCCACAAGGACGUCCUGGUGACCGGAGAGUACGAGCUGAGUGAACAGCCCGGCGGCCGCACCGACCUCAAGGUGACGGACUCCUCCGGCCACAUUCUCUACUCCAAAGAGCAGGCCAGCAAAGGCAAGUUUGCCUUCACCACCGACGACUAUGACAUGUUUGAGAUCUGCUUCGAGAACCGGCUACCCGCGGGGCACUUCCGGGGCCCGGACCAGCAGAUCGUUCUCAACACCAAACACGGAGUGGAGGCCAAGAACUAUGAAGACGUAGGUCACCGCACCUCCUUCUAUGCGCGGGGUGGGCGUUCUACGGGAGGGGGGCGUGAGCUUGCCGGGUUGGGAGGGGGCGUGUUUGUGGGUGUGCAAGAGUGUGUGCGUGCACAGAGUUUGAGGGCCGCUGUCUAGUGGGGGGAGAGUGCA